ACACCAGUUGACGACGACGAGCUGGGGCCGGAACCAUGAGGGCUGCAUCAGUGAAUUCUCAAUUCCGAACACUAAGGUCCUUCUCUACCAGUACAGCUGCCAAAACACUACGAAUACCAGCGACCGUUGCCCGAAAGCCAUCGAAAUGUCCAGCUCUGCAUUCCCCAUUAUCUUCCCCGUUCGUGGGAGUGGGCUACCCGUUGGCUCUGAGCAGACUAGGCGAAAUCAGGGGCCUUGCAUCUGUAGCAGCUGCUCCAGCUGUGUAUGUUUCCGCUGAUUGAUAAUUAGUUUGCUUCAAGCCCUGAUGUCUUUUUUUUUCCAGUUCGGAGGAGCCAGACAUCAUCCCGCAGGAGGAAAUUCUCGCAAAGAUGGAUCCCAAAGAAACGGCUCGAUUGGCGAGGGUUCGGAAUAUCGGAAUUGCUGUCGGUUUCUUCCUCUACCUUCGCGGCUCCGGGAAUUGGGGGGCGAUAAGCUAACAAUUUGUCCAGGCGCACAUCGAUUCCGGAAAAACUACGUGUACAGAACGGGUCCUCUUCUACACUGGCAGAAUCAAGUCCAUCCACGAAGUCCGUGGCAAGGACGCUAUUGGCGCAAAGAUGGACUCGAUGGACUUGGAGCGGGAGAAGGGUAUCACCAUCCAGUCUGCUGCUACAUUCUGCGACUGGGAGAAGAAGGAGAAUGGCUCUGACGAAAAGUACCACAUCAACUUGAUUGAUACGCCUGGGCAUAUUGACUUCACAAUUGAGGUCGAGCGAGCACUGAGAGUUCUUGAUGGUGCGGUUAUGAUUCUUUGCGCUGUUUCCGGAGUGCAGUCUCAGACUAUUACUGUCGAUCGACAGAUGAAGAGGUAUAACGUACCCAGGAUAUCCUUCGUUAACAAGAUGGACCGUAUGGGGGCGAAUCCUUGGAAGGCGAUUGAGCAGAUCAACAGUAAGCUGAAGAUCCCUGCCGCGGCCAUUCAGGUACCCAUUGGUGGAGAGGACUCUUUCCAGGGUGUUGUUGAUUUAGUUAGGAUGAAAGCGAUUUUCUUUGAAGGUCACAAGGGGUGAGAUUUUGUGCUCUGAGUUCUGAACUAUAUCUGCAACUAACUAUACGCCCAGUAUCAAUGUAGUGGAGAAGGAGCUCUCAGAGAUUCCAGCAGAAGCUAAGAAACUCGCCGAGGAGAAGCGGGAAGUUCUCAUUGCGGCGCUAGCAGAUGUUGAUGACACAAUUGCAGAGCUGUGGCUAGAGGAAAAGACACCCGCACUGGAACAGAUCAAGGCAGCCAUCCGUCAAGCGACUCUUGCACGUAAAUUCACUCCGGUGCUCAUCGGUUCCGCUUUGGCAGAUAAGGGAGUCCAACCAGUGCUCGAUGCUGUUUGUGACUACCUUCCCAACCCAUCUGAUGUUCCAGCUGUUGCCCUUGACCGUCGACGAAACGAAGCCCCGGUUUCUCUAGUCCCAUACAAUUCGCUCCCAUUUGUUGGUUUGGCUUUCAAGUUGGAAGAGGGCAACUUCGGUCAAUUGACCUAUAUCCGUGUUUACCAGGGAACCCUGAAGAAGGGCAUGCACGUCUACAACGCAAAAUCGGGAAAGAAGAUUAAGGUUCCAAAGAUCGUCCGAAUGCACUCUGACGAGAUGGAGGAAGUGCCCUCAAUCGGAGCUGGAGAAAUCUGCGCUGUGUUUGGUGUUGACUGUGCUUCUGGCGAUACCUUCACCGACGGAGGGCUCCCUUACUCCAUGGUUUGUUUGCCCCCACCAGCUAUCCAGAAGCGGGGCUAAUAAACCCAGACCUCAAUGUUCGUUCCCGACCCUGUAAUCUCUCUCUCCAUCAAACCCAAAAACAAGGAAACGGCUGCCUUCUCCAAAGCCAUGAACCGCUUCCAACGCGAAGAUCCAACCUUCCGCUGCAAAGUCGACCCAGAGUCCCAAGAAACCAUCAUAUCGGGGAUGGGUGAGCUCCACCUGGAAAUCUACGUCGAGCGACUCCGGCGCGAAUACGGAGUCGACUGCGUAACCGGAAAGCCCGAAGUGGCCUACCGCGAGACCAUCGACUCCCGUCAGGAAUUCGACUAUAUCUUCAAGCGCCAGACCGGCGGUGCCGGAGACUACGCCCGCGUGAUGGGCUACAUGGAGCCCACACGCGACCCGGAGGGCAAGAACGAUUUCGAAGAGCAAAUUGUCGGCGGCCACAUCUCGGAGAAAUUCCUCUACGCCUGCGAGAAGGGCUUCCUCAAGUCGACAGAAAAGGGUCCUAUGAUCGGGCACAAGGUGUUGGGCACGCGCAUGAUCAUAAACGAUGGCGCAACGCACAUGGUCGACUCGAGCGAGAUGUCGUUCAAGACAGCGACAGAGUACGCCUUCCGCGACACCUUCAAGCUCGCCAACCCCAUCAUCCUCGAGCCCAUCAUGAAAGUGGCCGUCUCCGCUCCCAACGAGUUCCAGGGAAACAUUGUCGGCCUCAUGAAUAAGCGCAACGCUGUUAUCGAGGACUCGGAUAUCGGCGCAGACGAGUUCACGCUCACGGCUACGUGCUCACUGAACGCCAUGUUCGGCUUCUCGAGUCAGCUGCGCGCAGCGACCCAGGGGAAGGGCGAGUUCAGCAUGGAAUUUAAGGAUUACCUUCCCACGCCGCCGCAGUUGCAGAGGGAGCUCAUCGCCAAUUUUGAGAAGGAGAGGGCUAGAAGGAAUGCUACUAAAUAGGUGAGUGUGGAAGUAAAUAUAGAUAUGAAGGGUACAUUUUGGUGGGUCCAGGCAGCAGGGAGGGGGGGAAUAAAGGGUUAUAUACAGGCUGGCGUACUUUAUUUAUUUUUUCUGAUUGAAUUUCUUUCCCUUUCCCCCUUUUCCCCUCCACCUUCCCUUCGUUUCCCUAUUUCCCCUCGACCUUCGAGGGUGGAGGUGGGCAAAUUUAGGUUAGCUAUCAUGGCGCAAGUAGCCCAACAGAGUCCAGUAUGAUGGCACGAUAUAGUAUAGUACAGACUACCUCCCUUAUUUCCAUCGAUUCCAGCUCUAUCGCGUACCAUAUCCAGCAAGAUUCUCAACUUUUAUCAUUUCUUUGGCUCGAGGAACACUUCUCUAGCCUCGCGGGUAGAUUUUCCCCAAUGCACUCAAUGAGUACAACAACUUUGCUCGAUGGUAAAAGUCCGAGUGAGAUGCUGUGAAUAUCACGGUUCGCAAUU